AUGGCAACACAUUCUUCUGUGUUAUCCCUCCCCUCCCCAGGUCCAAGGGGAGACCACUCAGGAGGGAAAGGAAUUCUUAAAUUCCAACACAGCACUUGGCGUCUGGAACAUCAAUCAUCAUUGGUUGAUGAUCUGCUUUUUGAGAUUUAUGACCGCUGGCACGAUGGCAGACAUGACAGCUUUGAGAGCGACACAUUCACAGAAUGCUCUAGUGCUUCAGAUGUAUUUCAUUGGCGUCGUUCAUCAAUCCAGCUGGAAACUACGAAUUCUGGACGAAUUCAUCAGGCGACCCUGGAAGCACAGAGUGUGCCACAACUUCGACAAUUAGUACAGGAAUUGCAGCACCGUGUCAGUGUAAUUAAUUCACAACUUGUUCGUCAGCUUAAACGCCGGGAAAGAAGACAAGCCAAAGUGCAACAUAAUGCAGAUAUUGUCACAGCUAUUCUGCAGGCAGCUUCUCAAAAGAGACGAAUUGAUACGAGGCUGCGGUUCAGUCUGGAGCCUCCUCUUGGUGACAGUGCCUUCGACCAAUGGAAAGAUGCUAUGCAAGCCGUUUCUAGGUUACCACUUGGCAUACCGGAUGGAUUCCGUAGAAAGGUUUGGAUCAGUUUAGCAGAAAAUCAUAUAAAAGAACUAAGAAUAGACUGGGAGAAAACAGUGCGAUUUGUUUUCAAUGAAAGAAGUAAUCCUGAUGACAAUACAUUAGGCCUACAGAUAGUUAAGGAUCUCCAUCGUACAGGCUGUAGUGGAUUCAGUGGUCAGGAUAAUGAUGAGGAUCGUGCUGUAUUGAAGCGUGUACUGCUGGCCUAUGCGAGAUGGAACAAGUCUGUUGGCUACUGUCAAGGCUUCAAUGUCAUCGCUGCUCUUUUACUGGAAGUCAUGGAGAGGAAGGAAGAUGAUGCCCUCAUGGUGAUGAUCUACUUGAUCGACCAUGUGUUACCAGACAGUUACUUUGCUAACAACCUGCGUGCCCUGUCUGUAGACAUGGCAGUGUUUAGGGAUUUACUCGGACUGAUGUUUCCCAAGCUUUCCAAACACCUAGAUUAUCUACAGUAUGCAGCCCAGGACAAAACCACCGGUGCUAACUAUGAGCCUCCCCUAACCAAUGUAUUCACCAUGCAGUGGUUUCUCACCAUGUUUGCCACGUGUCUUCCAAAGGCCGUUGUUCUGCGGGUUUGGGAUUCCAUCCUGCUAGAGGGAUCUGAAAUCCUGCUCCGCACUGCUCUUGCUAUUUGGGGCAAACUUUCAAGGCGUAUUCUGUCCGUGGGAAGUGCAGAUGAGUUCUAUUCACUGAUGGGACUACUUACUCAGGACAUGAUGGACGGCAAGAUCUUUGAUGCAGAUGCCCUUAUCAAGUUCAUCUACUCUUGUGCUCCUUUCCCGAUGCAGCAGUUGCCGGAACUACGAGAGAAAUACACAUACAACAUACGUCCUUUUAGCAGUACAGGAGGUGCAAAGAAGGGUAACGUUGUUGGAGGAAUGGUGUUACCUAGUGAUGAAGAUGACCUUGAUGAAGAUGACCUUGAAGCUAUUACAUGUUUCACUGGAAUACUGCCAGGUCAAAUUGGACAGGGAAAAUCAAAAGGGUUAGAGGGAGACAUGUCCGGGUCAAGUGCAGAUAUUUCAUCAGUAGGGCCUGGAGCAUAUGGAGCCGGGCUCGACUCAAGUGCUCUGAGUAACAGUAACCUGUAUUUGGAACGCAUGUCCACCGACAUCAGCUCACUCAAAAAACAGUACCAACGACUGAGACAGAGGCAGACACAGGCUCACAUCAUACUUGCAGCUGCUUCUGCCAAACAACAAGCAAAAACCAAAUUCAUCACCCCGAAAAUAGAAUCCCCAAAAGCCAUUAACCAUUUAUUUGUGGGAAAAGGAAAAGGUGUUGUCGGAGGUAAAAACAAAAUGGUCGCAGAAAGUCCAAGGAUAGCCAAUGCAUAUCCCAAAGCAACUAUAGUGCAUCAUUUUCUACAGGAAGUUAAAAAACAAAAGUCACCCAGUAGAAGGUCAAGUCGGCCAUCUGAAAAAUCAAAAGAGAGGGAGAGGACAGAAAUAGAGAAAGCUUCCUGUGUUCAACAAACAGAUUCCAACAGCAGCAAUGUGUUGUUAGCACCAUCAGGGAGACUUACGGACAAGUCAGGCUCAGAGGGAGAUAUCACAAGAAUAAAAGAGUUCAAAAGGUAUGAAAGCAAACACUUAUCAGACCAAGAAUUGAGUAGGAAGAUGAGUCUUAAUAGUGAUAGUAAGCUUUCAACACAAGAUGAUUCACAAUUGGAUGUCUGUAUUUCACCUGAAGAAAGUGAAGAAGUUUUUGGUGAGACAACAUCACACAGCAAUGAAAAUGAAUGGUCUGAAAAGCAAGAAUAUUAUCAAGGCAAUAUGUCUCCACAUUCCUGUAUUUCUGUCUCCACAAUGUCGAAUAUCUCGGACAUUUCUAGUAUAUCUAGUCCUGAGGAAGGAAGCCCAAAAAUGUUCCCUCUGAUAUGGAAAAAUGUUGAGAGCUUAAGCUUGGAACAUCUCAAACAAGAAGAUCUAUUCUUUGAGAAGGAAGAUCAUGAAGAUGUUGUUGACAAAAAAAUGGUUGACAAGGCUGAUAUGGAGGAACAUAAAACAGUUCAGGAUAAGACAAGUAAUAUGUCUGCUACUGCUGCUGACAAUCCUUCAGUUGGAGAUGAGAAUGUGAAUGAGUUAAGCUCCCAUGGUGGCCAAAUAGAGAGUGUGAAAUAUGGCAAUCAGGAAACACCUCCAACAGACCCAACUUUAGCUUCCAACUGUGAUAUUCCUGUGAGUUCAGAGCAAGUUAACCAUGAAAAAGAUGUUGUAAAAGACUUAACAGAAAAAUGGUUCACAUCAGAUAAAUAUGCAAGUCAAAAUGGUGGAACAAGACUGUCAAAAUUAGAUAUUGAAAGAGCAAAUUCAUCUAGUUAUGAUAGCAACUCAUCUUCUGUGAUCAUUUCACGAGAUCGGGAGUCCAGAAGACAAACUUCAGACUCCGACUCUAGCUCCUUGUUUAGUCCAACAGAUUCUGCUUCAGAUAGGUGCUUUAGUUACAGUUACAGUGAAAAGUCUGGAUCAGAAAGAAGCUUGUCUCAGAGUUCACAGGAGUCUGUUCUGUCAACUCAGGUGAUUUCAGAACAUUUGGGAAAUUAUUCCAAGAGCAAGUCAGCAAUGAUGUCUAAAUCCACAAAACAGCAGCCUUUUAGUCCCUUCCCUGUCAAACAUUUUAAUGAAAACAGAGCAAAAACUGGCAUAAAGCUUGGCAUGUAUAAAGCUGGCACAAUCCAACAACUCGGGAAACAGUCCAAACAGAGAGCUCUCUGGACCAAAUGA